ACACCGCGCCACAGGAAGACCUGGACGUUGUGGCGCCAAGUUGUAUCGCAUGCACAGCACGAUAUGGAAUCAGCUUCUCGCCCUGCUCAGUCAGCAGUAUGAGGUCUAUAUGACGACAGUGGCCCUCCUUUUCGCUUUCGCGGACUUCUCCGUUGGUUCUCACCACGAGCAACUCUGAACAAGAACUAUGGCUCCAACCGGCACCCGCAUCUUUUUAACUGGCGCAACGGGCUUCGUUGGUGGCAGCGUACUUUCGCGCCUCAUAGAACACCCCACUUUCGAGCACACUGAGAUCUGGGUCCUCAUUCGCCCUUCCAAAAAGGAUAAAAUUCCGGCGUUGCACUCCUUGGGUGUCAAGGCUGUCCUCGGGUCAUAUGACGAUCUUGACCUCCUUGAGGAUCAGGCAGCACAUGCGGAUGUUGUAUUCUCCUGCGCAGAUGCAGACAAUUUGUCUGCUGCACAGGCAAUUUUGAAGGGGAUGAAGAAGAAGCAUGAGAGGACCGGAGUGCAACCCCUUUUUCUCCAUACUUCUGGUACCGGUGUCCUGGUAGACGACGCGAAAGGCUUGCAUUCCACAGAUAUCAUUUACGAUGAUAUGGACGCAGAUCAGAUCGACAGCCUUCCGCCUACGCAGAUGCAUCGGAACGUCGACUUGGCCAUUUUAGAGGCAGAUAGAGACCAUUACAUUAAGAGUUAUAUUAUCUUGCCUUCUACUAUUUACUCCCAAGCGAAGACGGAGCUUGUGGCCCUUGGCGUGCAAAAUCCUAGCUCCGUUCAAAUCCCGAUGCUUAUCCGUGCGGGGCUUCUCAAGGGUCAAGGAGGCGUCGUAGGAAAGGGAGAAAAUAUCUGGCCUAACGUCCACAUUGAUGAUGUUUCCGAUUUAUAUAUAGUGGUGUACGAGAACGCGCUCUCGGGCAAGGCUGCCCAUGGCCGCGAAGGCUUACAUUUCGCCGAAAACGGCGAACACAAGAUGUAUGAUGUUUCUAAGGCAGUAGCACAAGCGCUUUACGAGCUUGGGAAGGGGAGGUCGCCCGAGCCAGAGCCAUUCACGGAUGAGGAUUAUAAUCGUUUUGGAAGGGAGAAUCUUGAGUACCUUGGAACGAACUCCAGGUGCCGCGGGCGAAGGGGUCGCUUGCUCGGUUGGAAGCCCAAAUACACGGCGGAGGAUAUGUUUAAGAGUAUCAAGCCUGAGGUCGAGUAUGUCAUCCAGCACGAGAAAACCUGAGUUUUUUUUGAACAAGUAUCGUAAGCGCUUCAAUUUUUUUGUUCGUACAGUAACGGUUGCCAUCUCUCGAGUUAAACGUUAACAUUGACCAAACUGCGAUUCCAAAUAAAAUCGAGUGCAGCUGUUGUUAGAAAAGUGACUCGCCCCGCGACCGGCUGAAUGCGGACCCAUAGUCACCUUCGUUGAGACAUAUCGUAUCAAGUCCUGGGA